AUGGCACACCCUGAAGAUCACCAUACACAUACUCUUGCAUCGCUCUAUGACUCCAUAGGUGCGAGGUAUGAGAAGGCGUACGCCAACAAUCCAGCCCAGCAAAAGUCCCUUGAGUGGCUCCUCUCUCAUCUGCCCCGCGCAGGUUGCAAAAUCCUUGACAUAGGCUGUGGUACCGGCCGUCCUGUGGCCCUUGCAUUAUCUCGUCCUCCGCACCAUCAUCAGGUUCAUGGCAUCGAUGUCUCGGAAAGCAUGCUUUCUGUCGCCCGCCUCUCAGCGCCCUCUGCGUCGUUUGAGCUCACUGAUGUCCGUGAUUUUCAAUCCGAUUCAGAAAGUUUUGACGCUGUGACGUCGUAUUUUGCUCUGCUGGUGGAUAUUUCGCAAGACGAAAUAAAGCAGAUAAUGCAAAAUAUUUUUACUUGGUUGAGACCAGGUGGCCUUUUAGUCUUCAGCACAGUCCCGGCUGAUAUUGAGCAGGACGCGCAAAGUUGGCUGGGUAGAAGGGCAAUAUUUACAUCGCUAUCGGAGGAGCAGUACAUGGAAUUGUUAAAACAGCUGGGUGUCGUUGUGGAAUACUCUCAUGUAGAGAAUUUCAUGCCUAAAGCCGUUGAAGCUGGUAUUUGCGAUGCAGCUCAGGUUACAGAGGAACCUCAACUGUUUAUAUAUGCGCGAAAACUAUAG